AGCCCCAGCGGCGAGCCGCGCUCCAGCUGCCGGCUGCGGGCUCCGGAGCGCCCCGGGGCCGGUUCCCCCGCGCGCUGGCUCCCAGGGGCGCAGCCCGUCUGCCGGGCCGGCCGCUUCCCAGUGCGGGGACCGACCCCCGGUCCCCGGGCAGCCGCCUCGCCCGGCCCGGCCCCUGCGCCCUCCCGUGCGCCCAGGGCGCGCCGCGCUGGUCCCGCGCAGCCACUGGGGGCGCGUCGCGUCGCGGCCGGGAGCGGAGCGGAGCGCAGCGGGCCGGAGGCAGCGGGCGGGCCAUGCCGGCGCAGGUGCCAGUGACGUUCGAGGACGUGGCGGUCUAUUUCUCCCCGGAGGAGUGGGCGGCGUUAGCGGAAUGGCAGAGGGAGCUGUACCGGGACGUGAUGAUGGAGAAUUACGAGCUGGUGGCAUCUUUGGGCUCCGCGGGCCCCAGGCCCAAGGCAUCGGCUAGAAGAGCCAAGCGAGAGAAGGCGCCGUAUGUCUGGGACCAUCAGUACUCGAGAGCGAAAGUCCUGAUGCUUCCAGCACAGGGGAACGACGCCCCCAAGCAGGUGAGACCAGCUCCGGAGCCGGUGACCUUCGAGGAGGUGGCGGUCUAUCUCACCACCGAGGAGUGGAAGGAGCUGAAGGACUGGCAGCGGGAGCUGUAUCAGGACGUGAUGAAGGAGAAUUACGAGCUGGUCACCUCUGUGGGAGACACCGUGGAGAAGCCAGAGAUUGUCUCGAGGCUGGAGCGCGGGGAAGAGCCGUACGACCCCCGAGAGAGACACGUUCCUGGUCCCCACGGCAUGGCAGGUGGUGGGACCCGGGGGCCUGAGGAGGAGGAGACACAUUGUGAGGAAGAGCCGGCAGGGCUGGAGCCGAGCGAGAUGCUGACGGGGAGAGACGUGGCGAGAGUUUCCCGAGGCUCGUCCGGGACCGGAGCCAGCGCCAGUCGGAGUCAGCGCAAAGGGCACCCGGGCCAGGGGAGGCCUGUGGGGAAUGGACAGGACGAAGCCCUGUGGGGCGAGAGGCAGGCCAGGGACUGCCCAGCCAGCGCUGAGCCCCAGAGCAACGGGGCCCCAGAGAGACUCUGCCCAGCGCCCGAGAACCAGGGGGGCCGUGUGGGGACGGGAGCUGUGCCUCUAACCCCCACUGCAGAGGGGCUGUGUGUGGGGAGCAUUGGGCAGGGCGGGAAGCCAACAGCGGAGCACGCUGCCCCUGGGGGAGGGGGGCCCUACAAGUGUGGGGAGUGUGGGAAGGGCUUUGGCAGCCAGGCCUCCCUGGCCAAGCACCGGCGGCAGCACGCCGGGGCGGGCGCCUUUCCCUGCAGCCAGUGCGGCAAAGCCUUCAGCAACAAGGCCAACCUCCUGCGGCACCUGAAGCUGCACAGCGGGGAGAAGCCAUACGGCUGCGCCGAGUGCGGGCGGCGCUUCCGCACCAAGCAGACCUUCCUGUCGCACCAGCGCGUGCACACUGGGGAGAAGCCCUUCGCCUGCCGCCAGUGCGGGCGGAGCUUCACGCGCAAGGAGAACCUCGUGCGCCACCAGGAGACCCAUGUGCACAAAGAGCCCCACACUUGCCCUGAAUGUGGCAAGAGCUUCCUGCACGAGGGCUCGCUGCUCCUGCACCGCCGCGCCCACUCCGGGGCCCGGCCCUUCCCCUGCGCCCACUGCAGCAAGAGCUUCAACUGGAAGACGAACCUCACCACCCACCUGCGCAGCCACGCCGGGGAGCAGCCCUCCGCCUGCCACCAGUGCGGCCAGCGUUUCGGUGACCGUGGAGACCUGCUGCGGCACCAGAGGGCCCAUGCGGGCGGUGGGCUGCCGACAGGCUACGGCAACGGGGAGACGUUCAGCGAGUUCCUCCAGAUCCACGAGAUGCUGAUCUCCCGCACACAUGCCCGCAAGCCCCUCGGUGCCCUCACCAAGUACAAAUGAAACCUGGCUGCAGGGUGGGGGUGGCUCUGCCAGUGCGGGAACAGGGGAGGAUGCCCAGCCCCGUCUCCCAGCACAUGGCAGGAUAGAUGACCCUGCCAAUGCUGGUACACCAGGGGGGUUACAGCCUGGCUGGGGGGUGCUCUCCGGAGCUCUGGCUCCUCAGUGCCAGCUCUUCCCGCAGGAGUUUUCCUUUGGGUAGUUAUUGGUUCUUGUCCAGCUAGUUCCAGCUGCUGCUGCCAGCUGCCCCCUUGGGUGCACUGGUCCCACUGACUCCUAGUGAUGAAGUCCUAGGUAAUAAUAAAGGUAAUAAUUGGAGAUAUACCAAUCUCCUAGAACUGGAAGAGACCUUGAAAGGUCAUUGAGUCCAGCCCCCUGCCUUCACUAGCAGGACCAAUUUUUGCCCCAGAUCCCUAAGUGGCCCCCUCAAGGACUGAACUCACAACCCUGGGUUUAGCAGGCCAAUGCUCAAACCACUGAGCUAUCCCUCCCCCAGAGCAGCAAGCAGCCAGGGCUGCUCUCUGAGCUCUGAUGUCGCCGACCCUUGCUGGAGAGGCUGCUCGGACAUGCCCCGACAGCCAAUCCCUAGCAGAGAAGAGCUGGGCCUAGGAGGAAUCUUCCGGGCCGGCCCCAGGUAGUGUGCAUGGCUCUGGCGCUCCAGCCAAGGGGUCCCGAGAGGCAGCGCUCGCUGCAGCAGGGCCCGCGGCUGGGAGAGAAGGCAGUGUUCCUGAGGGGGCGGAGGAGGUGCAGACGGCAGCUUGCUGUACUCCAGGCUGGGGUUUCAGGGGAGUGCAUGGUGACGGCAGGCUGGGUUAGCCUGGGGCUGGAGAGCCAGAGUCCGUCCGCAGUCGCAGUCCGGGGGCUGCCAGAGCAGCCUGGCUCGCAACGGGCCUGUAGCCACACUGGCGAAAGCCUGGCUGGAGGCACCAUUGGCCAGUGUCAGGUCUCAUUACCCAGCCAGGGCCGACUCACCGGUGGGUGCUUCUGAAUCCCCAUCGCCGGCCUUGCCCGUCCAGCCUCAGGUCACCAUUCUGACGACCCUCUGGUGAGAACCAUAGAAAUGCUGGGCUGGAAGGGACCUCGGGAGGUCACCAGGGCCAGACCCCGGCGCUGAGGCAGGACCAAGAAAACCCAGCGCAGCCCUGACAGGUUCAUCCAGAGGGUUCUUAAAAACCUCCAGUGACGGGGUCUCCAUGACCUCCCUUGGGAGCCUGUCCCAGAGCUUCACCGCCCUGAGUCUCUGCAAAUCGCCCUCUUGGUCCCCACUUCACUUUGAAGCUGCAGCUCCCAGCCUGGCUAGAACCUGAGCCCUUGCUGGUCCCCUCUGAAAUCUGGGAGCGCCACGUUUCGCAGGGUCGAGCCGUGUCCCCUGGGCUGGUUUGGGGGCUCCAGUGAUGCUGCAGUUCACAUGGGCGAGGGGGGACGGCCGAGGCGUGUUGGCAGCACCAACGGGAUCCUGUUUAAAGAACGUUUUUACUGAGAGUGUAAAUCCCCAGCCCAGGUGAGAAAUGUGCCAGCCUCACGCAGGAAGGGAUCGGCUGCCUGACGAAGCACUGAAACGCCGCGCGGCACAUAAAUACUCCUGUUGUCAGACCAAGUGUCCAAUAAAACACUUCACUUCUCGCUCCUUUGUGAAAUUGGUGAG